CUCUCCGUCGUCGGUCAGGGGUUUCUUCCCCCGAAGAAAGAAGAAGAAGAAGAAGAAGAAGAAGAAGAAGAAGGCCAGUUCUGCUUCUGCUGAGCGAAGUCGCAGAAGAGAUUCCAUGGCGGAGGAGGAGGAGGAGACGGAGAAGAAGGGCGACGGCGGCGCUCGCCCGUGGCAGUCUUACCACACCGUCUACACCAACGCCAAGGCCGGUAUGGAGGGGGUGGAUAAGGAGAAGGUGCAAAGGGUCGUGUACGAGAUGAGCAAAGGGUCCAAGUAUUUCGAGAACGAGGAGCGGAAGGAGGCUUUCAUAAGGCAGAAGAUAGAGAGGAUGCGCGCUCGGAGCAUGAAGCUCACCGCCGCGGAGUUGGCUCACUAUCAGACGGUGGCUGACAAAAGAAUUCUAGAACUGGAAGCUACACGAGACCUUUCAAGGGUCUGGCUGCACGUAGAUAUGGAUGCUUUUUAUGCAGCUGUUGAAACAUUAAGCGAUCCUUCUUUAAAAGGGAGACCAAUGGCUGUUGGCGGCAUGUCUAUGAUCUCAACUGCUAACUAUGAGGCAAGGCGAUUUGGGGUUCGUGCAGCAAUGCCUGGUUUUAUUGCACGUAAAUUAUGUCCGGAUUUAAUUUUCGUUCCAAUAGAUUUCGAAAAGUAUACUUAUUGCAGUGAUUUAACUCGAAAAGUGUUCCAGAGGUAUGAUCCCAACUUUAUUGCUGCUAGUUUGGAUGAAGCUUACCUUGAUAUAACUGAGGUCUGCAAGGAAAGAGGUGUCUCUUGUGGAGAAGUUGCUGAAGAACUUAGAAAUACUGUGUUUGAGGAGACUGGCCUUACUUGUAGUGCUGGAGUUGCUGCAAACCGCUUGCUUGCUAAGGUUUGCUCUGAUAUAAACAAGCCAAAUGGACAAUUUGUCUUGCCUAAUGACCGUCUGGCUGUCAUGACAUUUAUUUCCUCACUUCCUAUCCGAAAGAUUGGAGGCAUUGGUAAGGUUACGGAGUGUAUCUUAACAGAUGUAUUAGGUAUUAGUACCUGUGAGGAGAUGCUGCAAAAGGGAGGGUACCUUUGUUCUCUUUUUUCUCGCUCCUCAGCUGUUGUGUUGUCUUUUAGUAGUAUCAACAAUUUGGAAGUUCUUACAGACUUUUUUCUCUCCGUGGGGCUUGGUCUUGGGGAGACGGAUCCUCCACAAAUGAGGCUGCGAAAGAGUAUCAGUAAUGAGAGAACAUUUCAAGCCACAGACAAUGAGGCUUUGCUUUAUCAAAAGUUAGAUGAACUUGCAGAGCUACUUUCUAGUGAUAUGCAAAAGGAAGGUCUUCAUGGCCGGACAUUAACUCUUAAACUGAAAACUUCAUCUUUUGAGGUUCGAACCAGAGCUUUAACUCUACAGAAUUACAUAUCCUCACGGGACGAUAUCUAUAAAUAUGCAUCGAAGCUUCUGAAGGCUGAACUUCCCAUAUCUUUAAGACUGAUAGGACUUAGGGUGUCUCAGUUUAAAGAAGAUAAGGUGGGCGCUCCAUCUGAUCCAACACAGAAAACUCUUCUGAGCUUCAUGUCAGCAGAUGCUUCUGGAAAUUUUAUUAAAGGACAGAGCUCAUUGGGAUCAGAAACUAGCAAUACUCUCUUCAUGAAUGACUUGGGAGACGAUAUUUCUGUGGAGACUCAUGAGAUGAUCGAUGGUGAAAGUGAGAAUCCAUUGGACCGAAAUGAUUCAUCUGAUCCAAAAAAGAACUGCACUUUGAUUGAAUUUGCUGGCAAAACCGAGGGAAUGCAUGGACAUAUAGAGGGCUCUACCAUGGAUAAGAUAGAUGCCCCUAUAGAGAAGAGCGACCCAAAAUCUAAUCAACUCGAAAAAUCUUACGGAAGGGGACUGGAUUCUUCUAUACCUCAUGAGACUGAGAUUAGCAGCUGCCUAAAUCAGAAGGAUAAUGAUGAUUAUCUGCUCCAAGGUGAAACAUCAUCCGGACAAGAAGAGCAGAUUUUGUGGAUGAAUGACUACGAGUGUUCACUUUGUGGUAUAGAAUUGCCAUCAUCUUUUGUAGAGGAAAGGCAAGAACAUGCGGACUUUCAUCUUGCAGAGAGACUUCAGAAAAAGGAAUCAGGCAUGGAUUCAAGAACACUCAUCGCAGGGAAAAGGUCGCCACGGACGCGGACCGGAAGCAGAAAUAAACAUAAGAAGCGCAGGUCGUCGCCUUCAUACGGACAUCUUCCGAUAGAUGUGUUCUUUGGGAAGAUUAAUCAGAAACCCUAGAGAUCAUUCUUUUUGCACUUUGAUUCUUCUUCUAUGUAUAGUUUUCUUUGCUAAAGCUGAGAUCAGUUCUUUGUAGAAACGUUAGAUAUGUACCAUACACUCCUAGAAUACGGUUGUGUGUAGGUUUAAGUUGUAUGGGCCAUUGGGGUUGAUAUUUGCUUGUACCAAUAUCAUCGGCUUUUCCCCCCCUCAACUAUAUUGUAUUAAAUACUGAUGUUGUCAUAUCAAAUAAUUACUUCAAUAGCAAUUCAG